GGAGCACGCGCGCGCGGAGGCGAAGGCCAUUAACGCUCCGUCCGCAGUAGACACCGUGUUGGGUGGCAACUUUGUUCUCCUGUUUUUUGUUUUCUCUGCAGCAUAGAUUAACCGCUUCUCUUCACAAUGGUGAAUUCGUCAAAGAUGGGAUUUGUGAAGUAUCUGCUGUUUGCUUUUAAUGCCAUAUUUGUUCUCUGCGGGAUCGCCUUGAUAGCUGUUGGCGCAGUGGUGCUUACAGCGCUAAGCCCACAAAAGCCUUUCUAUGAGGGCUACUUGGGUGCUCCUGUGGCCAUUGUGGUCUUGGGGGUCUUCAUCUUCGUGCUUGCCUUCCUGGGAUGCUGUGGUGCCAUCCGGGAGAACUAUCACAUGAUCAUGGCGUUCAGUGUGCUGCUGACCAUUAUUUUGAUCUGUGAACUGGGAGCUGCCAUUGCUGCAUAUGCCUACCGAUCAAAGAUUGAAGGUGCCAUCAGGUCGGAAGCCACAAAGUCUAUCGACCGCUACAACAAUGACACUGAUGUGCAGCGCCUGUGGGAUGACAUCCAAAGCAGUCUGCAUUGCUGUGGAGCCAACAGCACUGCUGACUAUGGAGGCAAGAUUCCAUCAUCCUGCUGCCAAGAUAAGCCAGAUAACUGCACACCAGAGAAGGCCUACACAAAGAACUGUAUCGAUGUGCUUCUGGAAAAGUUCAAUGAGAAGAUUGUGUACGUUGGAGUGACUGGUAUCAUCAUCUGCUUCAUUGAGGUUGUUGGCAUUGUUUUCGGAUGCUGCUUGGCCAAAGCAAUCAGAAAAUACGAGGUGGUGUAGGGCGACAUUCGAUAACUGUUCUGGAAAUGUUUUAUUCUGCCUCUCUGUCAUCAGGUUCAGUGCUUUCCUUGUUAUGCCAAUCUGCACACUUCGAGGUGUAAAAUGUGCUCUGUGUAGCUGGUGCCAAAACAAAACGGAGUUGUCCAUUAAUGCUGUAAAGAUGAAUUUCUCGACACUAAAAAAAAAUCACUUGGAUACAUUCCGUGCCUUACAAUCCUAGGACAAAUUUUUAAAACUGCCAUGUGCAGAGAGUGUACAUAAGAUCACGGUUAAAAUAUGGCUUGAAUAUAGGCACCAGUGGCUAAGAUUAGCCUCAUAGGUGCCUGUUCAUCGCGAUCAAUGUUCAUUGCCCAAACUUUAGGCAGCCACACUUACUUGGCAGGUAUGAUCUUAGCAUUUCCUUACUAGGCUAAACGUAGCUGUUUGGCAUCUUCUCCUUAGUUACAGUGUGAUGCUUCUCUAUGGACAUUUAUGCUUUCUACCUGGGAUUUGAAAUGCCACACCAGUGUUGUGUUCCACCACUAUAUUUGUGGCUGGAUAGUUAGAUGGCAUUGUAGUUCCACUUACCGUUGUGUGCAAAUGCUGUGUACUUAUGACAUGUAACCCAAUCUGUACAGAAAAUACUUUAGUAGGCUACUUCUCAUGUUGUGUUAGUGUUGUUUAAGGUAGUUAGUUUUUUUUUUGUUUUUAGUAUCAUGCUAGGGUGUGUAGCAGUUUGUCUGUGCAGUUACCUUUUAUUUCACAAUGGUAGUUGAAAGUAGCAUGGAUUGUUACUAUACUAUACGUUAUUUAACUGUGUCUAAUAAAACGAUGUAAUGACGGAUGUUUGCGCUUUCAAGUGGAAUAAAGCCAUUGAAUGUUUCU